GGGCGUGUUUGUGAUUUCCAUGGCAGCCGAGGGGAGUAGCGGCGCGGGCUGAGGGGCAGGAGCGGGCAGCGGCGGGAGCUUCCCUCGGCGAUGGUGCCGGCCGGGAGCAGCGGCCGGGACUCGGCGAGGGAGGCGGCGGCGGCGGCGGCGGCAGCAGUAGCAGUGACCCAGCCGCCUGCCUCCCUCCCGCCUCCUUCGCGGCGCGGCGCAGAUCUUGAUCAUCUUGGACUAUAAUCUUCAUGGCGUGAAAAUCUGAAGAUAAUCCGGAGCAAAAGAGUGGUUUAUUUAAAGUGACUCUUUUAUCAAAAUGGUUGGAAAACUCAAACAAAACUUGUUAUUGGCAUGUCUGGUGAUCAGCUCAGUGACAGUGUUUUAUUUGGGGCAACAUGCUAUGGAAUGUCACCACAGAAUAGAAGAACGCAGCCAGCCAGUGAGGAUGGAAAGUGGGAGAACCACAAUAAGAACUGUCUUUAACUUAAAAGCAAAUAAAACCUUUGCUUACAAUAAAGACAUGCCUUUAAUAUUUAUUGGAGGGGUGCCUCGAAGUGGCACUACACUAAUGCGUGCCAUGCUAGAUGCUCACCCCGAUAUCCGCUGUGGAGAAGAAACUAGGGUAAUCCCUCGAAUUCUGGCAGUUAAGCAGAUGUGGGCCAGAUCAAGUAAAGAGAAAAUCAGAUUGGAUGAAGCUGGGGUGACAGAUGAAGUUCUGGACUCAGCCAUGCAAGCCUUUUUAUUGGAAAUCAUUGUUAAACACGGGGAACCUGCUCCCUAUUUGUGUAAUAAAGAUCCUUUUGCUCUGAAGUCCUUAACUUAUCUUGCCAGAAUUUUCCCCAAUGCCAAAUUUCUUCUAAUGGUACGGGAUGGUCGUGCAUCAGUACAUUCCAUGAUAUCUAGAAAAGUCACCAUAGCAGGGUUUGACCUUAACAGCUACAGGGACUGUUUGACCAAGUGGAAUCGUGCUAUAGAGACUAUGUAUAACCAGUGUAUGGAGGUUGGUUUUGAAAGAUGCAUGCUGGUACACUAUGAACAACUUGUAUUACAUCCUGAAAGGUGGAUGAGAACUCUAUUAAAGUUUCUCCACAUUCCAUGGAACCAAGCAGUGCUACACCAUGAGGAAAUGAUUGGGAAAGCAGGUGGUGUCUCUCUUUCAAAGUCUAUAAAGGUGAAUUUCAGCUUCCUGAUUUUCUUAAAGAAAUGCCACAGACAGAACCAGUGGAGUAGAAUAUCUGAUGGACUUACCUUGCACAUAAGCAUUGCCACGGCUGUCUGCCCAGCAGACUUGGUUACAAGAGCCAGAGGGAUGGUGGUAGUCACAGGGCAGAACAAAGCCAGUGGAAAUCUGGACGAUGCCAUGUCGAGUUCAGAUGCAGAGGAUGAUUUCCAAGACCCUGCCACUCCUACCGCAACUCAGGCAGGGCACUCGCUACCUCUGCUGCCUCAGCAGUUCCCAGAAGUUGUUCCACUUAAUGUAGGAGGCAUGUAUUUCAGUACCAGGCUGUCAACACUAAGACGCUGUGAAGAUACCAUGUUGGCUGCUAUGUUUAGUGGAAGACACUACAUUCCAACAGACGCUCAAGGCAGAUAUUUUAUUGACAGAGAUGGAACUUAUUUUGGAGACAUACUUAACUUUCUGCGAUCUGGUGACCUGCCACCGAGAGAACGGGUGAGGUCAGUUUACAAGGAAGCUCAAUAUUAUUCCAUAGGACCAUUGCUGGACAAUCUAGAGGAAGUCCAGCCUCUCAAAGGAGAAAAAGUUAGACAAGCUUUCCUGGGCUUAAUGCCAUAUUACAAAGAACACUUGGAACGGAUAAUUGAAAUAGCUAAGCUUAGAGCCAUGCAGAGAAAAGCAAGAUUUGCAAAGUUGAAGAUCUGUGUUUUCAAGGAAGAAAUGCCCAUCACCCCAUAUGAGUGUCCACUUUUCAACUCUCUACGUUUUGAAAGAAGUGAAAGCGAGACAAAACUGUUUGAACAUCACUGUGAAGUAGAUGUAUCUUUUGGCCCCUGGGAGGCUGUAGCUGAUGUAUAUGAUCUUCUGCACUGUAUUGUGACAGACCUAUCAGACAAGGGAAUUGCUGUGGAUCAUCAGUGCAUUGGUGUGUGUGAUAAACAUCUGAUAAACCAUUAUUACUGCAAGCGCCCCAUCUAUGAAUUCAAGAUUACUUGGUGAUCCAAUGAUAAUUCCACAUAAUUCUGAAAUGGAAGCUGGAUGGUGAGACUUUAUAAGCUAAGCCCUGAAAAAAAAUUAAAGUUACAUGAUGAAUAUCCCUGUUUGUAGCAAUAAGAAGUGUAAUUGUUGACUUUGUAAUUAAUCUUUAAAGAUUUCUCCAGCUACCAGCUAAUGUGUCUCUGUAGCAGAUUUCCUUUUAGACUGAAAGAGGCUAUCCCAGGAUCAUCUUUCUUCCCUGAAAGUGAUAGCUGAAAUACUGAAAUUUGUAAAUGUCUCUCUUGAAAGCUCAAAUGCAUCAUUUUAUCCAAAAUGUAGGAAUAUAUUUAAAUCCUGGAAACAUUACUAUAAUAUGGAGUAUCUCAAAUCAUCUCCACUAUUUCAGGAAAGUCACUUGGGUUGGCCUCAAAAUUUAAUCUUGGAAAUAUUUAUGUAAAUUGUAGGCUGCUGUGUUACAUUUCAUUGGGUUGAUUAAUCUAAUUUGUUGACCAGAAAGAUCUUUGGAAAGGCAACUUGCAUUUAAAAUGUUUAUCAAGAAUUUCAGUAAGAAUCUUUGAGUAGCAUGUUCUGAACAAAAAAAAUUGAUUAGCCCUCACCCAUACUGUUUAAUUUAAGAGAUUACUGUAAUCUCUUCUUUAUAAGGCUGUACUUGGGGGGCUUACAACUUUGUAUCUUUGUAAAGCAACAUUGUCAAGUGCUCGGGUUUAGGACUAGAAUUUAGGUUUUGGAAAGGAAAAGGGGGAAGGGAGAUAAACAGAUUUUGUCCCUUUUUUUUUUUUUUUUAAAUUUAGUAGAAUCUUUUUUUAAAUGUUAGGAUUCCCCUUCAGUCUGAGAAAAACAACACCAAGCUAUUAGUACAUGAGAAUCUGAAACUGAAACCAUCUAGAAAUGGCAAAUGAAACUAACCAAGGUAGUUUCACUAAGGCCUGAUCUACACUACUGUUAAUGUAUGUGUCUACGCUACCGGGUUCUUUAUGCUGACCAAGUCGUCUCUAAUGUUGACUUCUGUAAUCCACCUCUGCGGGAGGCAUAUCACUUAAUUUGAUUUUCGUGGGUCAACUUCAAGGUAGUGCAGACGCAGCAUUGUGUAAUUCAAUUUAAUUGGCCUCCGGGUGGUGUACCACAAUGAUCAUCUGUGACUGCUCUGGAGAUCAUUCUCAACUCUGCUGCACUGCAGCCAGGUACAUAGGAAACAGCCCCUCCCUUGCUAAAGCACCGGGAAUUUUUGAUUUCCCAUUUCCUGUUUGAUCAGCAUUGGGAGCAUGCCAGCUUAAGCACAACUGAUCAUGGAGACUGUAUGCCCCAAACACGCUCCAGCCUGGUCUGCACAGGAGGUGGUGGAUCUCAUCGCUAUGUGGGGAGAAGUCUGUGCAGGCAGAGCUCUGAUCCAGCAGAAGAAACGCUGACAUCUAUGCAAAGAUCGCUCGUGGAAUGGGGGAAAAGGGCUACAUGAGGGACAUACAGCAGUGCCGUGUGAAAAUAAAAGAACUUUGCCAAGGGAAGCAAACAGUCGUUCUGGUGCUGAACCCCACACAUGCCAGUUCUACAAUGAGCUGCAUGCGAUUCUCUGGGGUGACCCUACCAGUACCCCCACAAGCAACAUGGACACAUCAGAGGUGUGAGAGUCUCGGGACAACAAGGAGGACAAUAUGGUGGAUGAGGAAGAGGAGGAGAAUGGGAGACAGGUGAGCAGUGGGUCCAUUCUCCCCAAGAGCCAGGAAAUAUUUUUAACUCUGGAGCCCUGUGGGUCGCAGGACAUCAUGGUGACUGACCAUGAUGCCGGGGAAGGCACCUCUGACUUUUGCUGAUUAGAAGGAGGUGAAAGAGAACACGGGAGGACAUGUUCACCGAGAUAAUGAACACCUCCAGGACAGCUGAGACAGAGCUGAGAGCGUGGAGGAUUUCACUGUCUGAGAAGUUAGACGUGGACAUGAAGAGCAGGAAAGCUUCCAAUGAGCAAGAGUGUGCGGCGCAGAAUUAGAUGCUUUGGUUUAUGAGGGACCAAUCAGACAUGUUGAGGCAUCUGGUUGAACUGCAGGAACAGAAGCAGGAGGGUAGAGUCCCUCUGCAGACCCUGGUGGACAGCCAGCCAGCAUCGCCUGGCACAGAAUCACCCUCCCCAAAGCGUUCCAUUAUUCAUGGGAGAAAAGUCCAUUAUCCCUUUCACUUAUCUCAGGAGGAGGGUACAAGGAAUAGAAGAUGCUCGUUCACGGAUCUUUAAUCGUCUAGAAUGCAGUGUUAUGUUAAACAGCUAAAAAUUUUACUCCUGUUCCAACUUUACAACCCCUUUUCCCCAAGGCUAACUUUUUUUUUUCCUGUUUUCCCUCUUUAUUUAUGUUUGUUAAAUAAAGUAAAUGGAUUUGAGAAA